AUGAUUCUCGGCGCCUGGAUGCAAGCUAUGAACCAGGUGAGUGGAAUUAACGUUACGUCGUAUUACAUGACGUACGUCUUCAUUCAUGCUAUCGGGUUGAGUGAAUUUUUGGCUCGCAUCCUGGCCGCCGCCGGCUCCAUGGACUACCUCCUUUUUUCAUUCUUGGCAUAUUUCGUCGUUGAACGCUACGGAAGACGUAAAGUUAUGAUGACAUCUGCGACUGCUUGCUCGAUUUGCUGGACGAUCAUUGCAAUCUCGCUAGGACUCUCCGAGACAGGUCGCGGAGACAGCUAUAAGCUCGGAAUCGUCGCGGUGUCUUUCUUCUUCGUGUUCUUUGCCUCUUUCGCAAUGGGUGUCCUCGGAGUUCCAUGGCUAUACCCAACCGAGGUAAAUGCUCUAGCAUUCCGAGCCAAAGGUGCGAGUUUGGCUAUGGCAUCGAACUGGAUUAUGAAUUAUAUGGUGGCUCAGAUCACGCCGCCCGGCAUUCAGAAUUUAGGCUACAAAUUCUGGAUCAUCUGGGCCGUCAUUUGUGCAGCCUUCGUUCCGAUCACAUACCUGUUCUAUCCAGAAACUGCAAAUCGAUCUCUCGAGGACAUCGAUCGCUUCUUCUACGAUAACCACAAUAUCUUCGUGUUCAACAAUAAGAUCGCUACACAAUUACAUAGACCGGAUAUCUACGAAGAGGCAGAUAGACAGGUUGAUGCCGCCAAUGAAAAGAGGACCGGCGACAUGGAACACAAUGGCGCACGUGGAUACUCGGAAGAUAAGAGAGAAAACCCUAGCGUUGGACAAAUCGAAGGCAGAUAA